CUCCCUGCAGCUGCUGCCCUUCGAAAACUGCCAACUCUCUCAAAAUCUUACCAUUCAACCAUCUCUCUAAAACUCGGUCAAAGAACGGCGCAGCGUUACAGGCGCCAUUACUCAUUGCCCAGAAUGCUGGCGCUGUUGCUUCUCGCCGCCAGCCUUGUGGCCAGCCGGCUCGCAAGCGCGGUUUCGCCUCGAAUUGAUUCUGCCAAUACGGGCACCGCCUCGCUGAAGCAGGUCCGCAAUCCUCAUUUUUCCCCCCAUGGCCCCUCCGCCUUGGCCAAAGUCUACCACAAGUAUGGCGUUCCUCUUUCAGACGACCUUCGCUUGGCGGUGGCCGGGGGAAUUCCCCACAAGAGGGUGACGGGCAGUGGUGUGGCGUCGCCCCAGCAGUACGACGUCGAAUAUUUGACCCCGAUCUCAGUUGGAACCCCGCCUCUGGUCCUGAAUCUCAACCUUGACACCGGCUCCAGUGACCUCUGGGUCUUCAGCUCGGAGCUUCCCCCCAGCGAGAUCAACGGGCAGACCGUCUACGAUCCAACCAAGAGUACUUCUGCCAAAAAGCUAGAGGGUGCGACAUGGGAGAUCGAGUACGGUGACGGUAGUUCGUCGGAAGGGGAUGUCUACAUUGACAGUGUGGCGAUUGGCGACUUGACAGUGACGGCACAGGCCGUCCAGGCUGCGAAGAACGUGUCGGCUGAGUUCACGGCCGACACCAAUGACGACGGUCUGUUGGGUCUCGCCUUCAACACCAUCAACACCGUGCAGCCUACCCGGCAGAAGACCUUCUAUGACAACGCGCAGUCGAUUCUUGACGCACCGGUAUUCACCGCCGACUUGAAAGAUGAUGCUCCGGGCCGCUACAACUUUGGCUAUAUCGAUUCGAGUGUCUACACGGGCAACAUAUCGUAUUUGCCUGUUGACAGCAGCCAAGGGUUUUGGAUGUUCACCUCUCCGGGAUACGCGAUAGGGAAGGGCGGUUAUAAGAUCACCGAAAUGAAAGGCAUCGCGGACACGGGUACGACCCUUCUCCUCCUGCCCACCAGCGUGGUGGUAGCCUAUUACAAGCAAGUCGAUGGAGCAAGAUACGAAGGCACCCAGGGAGGAUACAUCUUCGCGUGCAGCGCCACUCUGCCGGAUUUUGUCUUCGCCGUGGGCAACAACGCUAGGGUCACUGUGCCCGGCAAAUACAUCAACUACGCCCCAACUGACUCCAGUGGCACAACCUGCUUCGGCGGUAUUCAGAAAGACAUAGGCAUUGGCUUCUCUAUUUUCGGGGACGUUGCUCUGAAGGCAGCUUUUGUUGUUUUCGAUGGUCCCAACCAACAGCUUGGCUGGGCAGCGAAGCCGUUGUACAACUAUGAUUAAGGGCCUCGAAUGGGAUUUGAGGUUUAUGAAAAUGGCGUUUUGGGUGGAGCGGAUAUUAUGAAAGGUGUAUCGCCGAUCUUACCGUCACCGAGGCGAGUCCUUUUCAUUUUCUAUUUUCUUUUGGCAUGGCUUUCCCCCCUUUCCUACCACUCUUGAGCACAUGAUUGCAAUAUCACCUCCCUUGUUUUUCCUAGACCCUCGAAGCCCAUUCUUUUGGCACAUAAUAUGGAAUAUUGCGAGAAGGUGUCUACGGUCUGGGGUGUGCGAUGGGCCAAACAGUGGCUUGUCCAUAGACCCAGAUCUUCUUAAUUAAUUGCGCGCCUUGAUUGCAUUAUUCAUUGUCCAUUCGCGAUCUCAUCCGCUACUGCAAUACCACUCCCGCAUGAC